UCUCUAUUCUGUCUCCACCUCCUCUUUUUUUUUUCGCUUCCACUGAGAAUCUUUCGCCUUUUUCUCAUCCCGAGCUGCGCGUCCUUCCACCACUUGUUAUUUUACACCUUGGCCGCAGCCUGCAGGUGCCGUGAAUAAACCGUUUCAUCCUGUUUUUCCACCUUUUCUUAUUCUGGUGGCCAGCCUGUCAUCCCUGCUGCACCGGCGUGCCUUUCCUCUAUUUGCAUUUUUUUUUCUUCUUCUUCCUGCUGGGGAAACAAUAGUUUCUCCCAGCCGUAAAGGGGAAUCAUGACCACGGCGAAGGAAGGCAACGCUCCGUCGAAAACGGCUCACCAGCAAGAACAGGAGCUGGUGGGCAGUAACCCUCCGCAGAGGAACUGGAAGGGAAUAGCGAUCGCCCUUCUUGUCAUUCUGGUCAUCUGCUCGCUGAUCGUCACCUCCGUCAUCCUGUUGACACCAGGUGAGGACGACCGCCUGGCUCUGAAAGGGAAGGUGUCCGUUGGAGACCUGUUUAGAAAAGACUUCAAGGUGCAUGACCCCAACGCCAAGUGGAUAAGCAGUAACGAGCUGCUGUACCGUAAUCGUGAUGGCGAUGUCGUCAAGUUUAACGUCGACACGGACGAAAAGACCAUCUUGGUGCAUAACAAGAAGUUUGAAAUGUAUAAAGCCAGCAAGUAUGAGGUGUCUCCUGACAUGAAGCAUGUGCUGCUGGCCUACAACGUUGCACCGGUGUAUCAGCAUUCUUACACAGCCUUCUACAUCAUCUGCAGUCUGGAGACUCCGGAGACGUGGAACUUGAACCCUCCGGAGGUGCGAAACGCUCAGCUUCAGUACGCAGGCUGGGGACCCCGGGGACAGCAACUGAUCUUCAUUUUUGAGAACAACAUCUACUACCGGUCGACAGUGGAGAGCCGCUCCAUUCGUCUGGUGUCUACUGGAAAGGAAGGCGUCAUCUUCAAUGGGCUCAGUGAUUGGCUGUAUGAAGAGGAGAUUUUCCAGUCCCACAUUGCUCAUUGGUGGUCUCCAGAUGGUGCCAGGUUAGCGUACGCCACCAUCAAUGACACCCUGGUGCCCAGGAUGGAGCUGCCCAUGUUCACAGGAACACCCUACCCCAUGGGGAAGGAGUACCACUACCCUAAGGCCGGUGAAGAGAACCCGGUCAUCACUCUGUACGUCGUGAACCUGAACGGUCCUCUUCACACCAUCGAGAUGAGGAGGCCUGAUGAUCCCAGGAUCGGUGAGUACUAUGUGACCAUGGUGAAAUGGGCCACUUCCACCAAACUGGCAAUCAACUGGCUGAACAGAGCCCAGAACAUCUCCAUCCUCACGCUGUGUGAGGCCACGACGGGAGUGUGUACAAAGAAACAUGAGGAUGAGAGCGAAAGAUGGCUGCACAGACAGAAUGAGAAGCCUCUGUUUUCCAAAGAUGGGCUCAAGCUGUUCUUCAUUCGUGCCAUCCCGCAAGGAGGAAGGGGGAAGUUCUUCCACAUCUCCAUGUCUAUCUCACAGCCCAACACGAGCACGGACACACUGCAGUCCAUCACGUCUGGAGACUGGGACGUCACCCAAGUCCUGGCCUACAACGAGGAGAGCCAGUUGAUAUACUUCUUGAGCACUGAGGACGGUCCAAAGCGAAGACAUCUGUACAGUGCGGACACGUUUGGUUCAUUCAACCGCCGCUGUCUGUCGUGCGCCCUGACUGACAGCUGUGGAUACAUCAGCGGCUCCUUCAGCCACAACAUGAGCUACUUCCUGCUCAACUGCCAAGGCCGGGACAUCCCGUUUGUUUCCGUUUACAAGACACAGAGAGGCGCAGAGAGCGAGACGCAGGACAGAGAGAGUAUCGCAGAAGUCUACAAACUGGAGACCAACGAGAACCUGAGGCUGACCCUGGACUCCAUGCAGAUGCCCACGAUCGAGUACAAGGAGAUCAUCAUGGACGACUACACCUUGUCAUUGCAGAUCCUCAAACCUGCCAGCUUCAUGGAAGCGUCACACUACCCUCUGCUCCUGCUUGUAGACGGGACACCCGGUGGCCAGAUGGUGUCGGAGCGCUUUAGCUUGGACUGGGCCACGGUGCUGGUGAGCAGCUUCGGCGCUGUGGUUGUGCGCUGUGACGGCCGAGGGAGCGGCUUCCAGGGGACAAACCUGCUGCAUCGCAUCCAGAAGCAGCUGGGCGUGUACGAGGAGCAGAACCAGAAGGACGCACUCAAUUUCCUUUUGAAAGAGCCCUACAUUGACAAAACCAGAGUUGGAGCUUUUGGAAAGGUGUACGGAGGCUUUGUGACCAGCUUGUUGGUCAGUGGCGAGGAUUCGCCCGUGAAGUGUGGCGCUGUUCUUUCACCCAUCACCGACUUUGAAUUAUAUGCCUCUGCGUUUUCAGAGAGAUAUCUGGGACUGCCUAAACCUGAUCCAAGAGCGUACACGAUGGCAAAUUUAGCCCACAGAGCGUCUCAGUUCAUGGAUAAGAAGUUUCUCAUUAUCCAUCCAACAGCUGAUGAGAAAGUCCAUUUCCAGCACACGGCAAAAUUCAUCUCCCAGCUCAUCAAUGAAAAAGCCAACUACACCUUACAGAUCUACCCAGAUGAAGGCCACUUCAUCCACAGCGAAGCAACAAGGCAGCACCUCAGCCAGUCCCUGGUGAACUUCUUCGAGGAAUGCUUCAGACUACCAGAGAUCGUGUUUGAGGAGGUGCUGGAAGAGGAGAGUGAAGACGAGGGUUAGCUUGGCCUCCUGAUGCUUCUGUGCACCCCAGAAUAUUUCCCAAACCAUGCGUUUUUUCGAUUACCUGAACCUCCAUCCUGUCCCUGUGCUCCAGCACAACCUCAAGCAUACAGUCGUCCACAAUAUGCAACUCUCACCUGUCGUUGCUCAGUUUGAUUUUGGUUUGCAUUUUGGGCUCCCUGUGUCCGCAUGCUGAACCGGAGACUGCCUUUCCAGCAGACGGCCGAUCUACUUCUACAUCCGUCCUCCCAUCCUCUGCCCUGAGUUUAAAACUUUAAGGCCCUGCAGAGAGCCGACAAAGACCGAAGAGCUAACGUGAUGUUUUGGAAUAUACUGAUUGAUAAAACAUGGUGGUCUCCUCCACGGCAGGAUGGACCAGCUCCUUAAAAAGCAGAAGGAAGCAUCUGCUCUCACACAGACUUUUCAGAUGUGAGGGGAAAAAAAACCUUAUAGCACAUAACUCGUGGGCUUGUAUAUUAUUGAAAAACAGACGCCUGGUGAAAAAAACACUGGUUGCCAGUGUUCAUACUGCGUGUCUGGAAUUGUGCAGAUUCUGGAAAUGUAACUAUUUUUAAAGUCGUGAAGAACUUUCAUGUUGGACUGUGGUUGUGUCUGUUGUUCUUACAGUAUGUAAAAUAGCACACGAACAUUCACUCGGCUCUUACGGAUAUAUUUUCUUUUCAGUGUUCAUGUUCGCCCCGAUGUUCGUUUCAUCUCGUAGCUUUAUUUCAUGUUUUUUUUUCCAGAUUCGCUGCAGAAAUUCUGUGACAGGUUAACCUUUUAGAAGAUGAAAUAUGUCAUUGGUUUCUCAAAGUUCAUUUUAGACGGUUUUACUGUGAAGCGUCAAUUUUAACAAAUGUCUUUAAAAAAACAAAGCAUUACAUUGUUUUAGUCACUGUGCCUUACUUUGUCAGAAACAUCCUGCUGCAGGACGACACUUAUAAACCACUAUGACGCUAAUUUUAUAGAAAUAGUUUGACAUUUUGGGAAAGAAACUUUUAUUUGCUUUCAUGUUGACGGAUUAGAAGUUCAUCUUCUCUUUGGUCUUGAUUUUUAACAUAACAAUAUAGCUAGCAGCUGGCUAGCUUGGCUUACAGGUUUGAAAAUUGGUUAGCCUGGCCGUUAGCUUAUACUAAGCAAGAACUGCCUGUUUGCUCUGACUUUAACCAGCCGUACAUUUUACUGUAUCAUCAGAAUUCAACCCUAAAUUGUUCUUAUUCUUGUUUCAUUCAGAGGUUAUGACCUGGACUAUUUUUUUGCCUGUUUGUUGUGUCUAUGCUAGGCUAAGCUAAGCUAAACUAACAAUUUCCCUGGUUUUAGCUUAAUAUUUAUGGAAAGGUAUAUUUUUUCACCUAAUCCUUUACAAGAAAGCUAAUAAAUGAGUUUCCCAAAAUGGCAGCUGUAUUUAAAAUGUAAUAGCUAGUACACGUGGUUAGUUACUUUAAAAAGGCUAAUAUUUGAUUUUUGACCUGCAAGGAUUUUGAACUUUCAAAAUUACAAUUCUCUGGAGAAAUAGCCCAAAUCAUUACACCUUACUAAAAUGUACAGAAUCUGCAUGCAUCAUUGCUUAUACAAUGUGUAAGAAAGGUAGGUGAAGACACUUAUAACCAGUACAGAAACUGCAGUGUUAGAUAAUGAGAGUGGUCUGACUUUACUCUUAACUGACUUAAUUGAGAGAAUACAUUGAUUAAAGCUCACAUAUUAUACAAAAUACACUUCGUAAACACUUUAAUAUGUGUCCCUAUUCUGUCUUCGAACCCCAUGAUUAUGAGAAAAGUCCUUCCUCUCCUUCUGCCUGCUCCACUUUUCAGAAAAUGUGUGCUCAAACAGGUCGUUUGCAGAUUUUCCCUUUGUGACAUCACAAAGGAGAGUAGCCCCUCCCCCGGGUGGAUGACACUCCAACAGCAAGGUGUUUGUUCUGCCCCUUUGAGUCCGCCUUCUCACUGUAAACAAUCUGGCAUGGUGCGUGAAAAUGCCAGCCACAUCCCCUUCCAGAGAGGGGGCGUGGUCAGACACAGCUCAUUUGCAUUUAAAGCUACAGACACAGAAACAGCCUGUUCUGAGCAGGACUGAAAUAGAGGGGUUUAUAGACGUGAACAAAUAAAUGAUGGGAGUGGACUUUGGGCAAGAAACUUUGCAGACAUGUUUUUGGGAGACUUAUUUAAACGUGUUACAAAAGGAGGAUAAUAUGUGACCUUUAAGGUUGAGGGCAAAAAGCCGGUAGGAUAGUGUAGUACCCUGAGAAAUGAUCUAUAAAAAUGAGUGAACUUAAUCAAAUGAAGAAAUUCAAGCAAGCAACAUGACAAUUUCUUGAGGCACAUGUUUAAUUUCCCAUGAUUUUAAUUUCUUAUUAGAAUGGCCAUUUGUGUUGCGUUUCAGUGCAUGUUACGAGGUUAAUUGCAGCACUCGCCCUGAUAGCUCAGUUCCACUUGGUCAUUUUGACAUCUUGAAUGUUCCUUACUGGAUUGCAUUAAUUACAUUUCCAGUACUAUUGUGAUUGAGAUCCCAGUCUCGUCAGCUUGAUGUGUAAAUGUUAUUCAAAUAUCAUUUUAUUCUAAAAAAAAAAAAAAGAAAAAGAAAAAAAAAAAAAGAGAAAGAAAACAAUAUUACCUGAGUGUUAUUUGUGCAUAAAGCAUUUUGGAAGAUACAUCUGACUAUUCAUUUCUGUUCUCCUGUUGCUGUCCUUGAAUUCAGUUGAAGUUGGACUUUACAAACGCAAAGUGGCAAACGUUGAACUUUCCUGCCAGUUAUCGAAGACUUUUUCCAAGACGCUCAACUUUGUAAUCCAAAGCAUAGAAGGAGAUUGAUGUCAGACUGUGGCAUGAAGGUCAAUGUUAGAAUAAAACAAUAGAUAUUUUAUCAGC